AGAUUCAAACUUGAACGUGUGUGCAACGUACAGACGUCCAAUCCGUCGUUGGCACCGCUCGCGGAACGCCGAGACGUUCGCUGACAUUCCCGCCUUUUCGAAGGGUUAAUUGUGUGUCGAGUGCAAAGGAUUUUAAGGAGAUAAAAGCUGAGGAUAAGAGAUAUCGCUGGAAGAAGCGAGGAGAAGUGGCGCAUUUGAGUUCUCUCUCGACGGAGGGCUGUUUGCGCGAGACGAGGGACGUAAACAACAAACGAAAAAGCGAAGAGAAGUAGUGCAUUUGAGUUCUCUCUCAACAGAGCUGUUUGUGUGGGACGAGAGACGACAGUAAAUAACAAACGUGUUUGCAGGAAGAAGUGAAGAGAAGUGCCACAUUUGAAUUCUCUUUCGACGGAGAGCUGUUUGCGUGGGACGAUAGGCGUAAAUAACAAACACUAUCAUUAGCCUACUGUUGGAUGGCAUUCGUGUUUUGACGUAGCACAGCGGGAUUCUUUCUCUCUUUAUGACUUGAUACCAGUAUAUUUCGCGUGUACCUUAUACAUUCUGCUUCGACUGACACGAUGGGGGAUUAUCUUGAUCUGCAUGCGCCACAAUGGAUAGACUUCACCGAGACCUGCAGUCCGUUGCGGUUGCCGGAUUUCUUCGACAAGACGCACGUGGUGCACGAGCGUGCGGAGAACUUCUGCGACUCCACGUCCGAGAACGCGGAGAAUAUUCAGCCCGCGGCCAAGACGUGCGUCGUGUGCCCCGCACAGGCGGACUUGGACGUUAUAAAGAGCACCCCCAUCAAGGUGGUGUCCCCGAAAAAUAACAAGGAGGUGAUCGCGGAGACCACUUACGACCAAGUGUUCAGCGACGCGGUGAGGAAACUGGAGCUCUGUAGGAAACCGCUUAAGGCUCGAGAAGCGAUGAACAAGACCGCCCAGGAGUCGAAGGAUGUCUUCAAGACGCCGAACACGUCGAAAAUCGCGAAAUCGACCAGAUCCAUCGGCAGUCGCAGUGCGCCAAAUAAAUACAUCCCGUCUGGCCAGGAUUCCGCACCGAGAUCCGUGAAAGUUAGCAAGAGCAUCCGCAUGCCGGGUAACGACACGUCUGCAAACGCGAAGGAAACGCCGGUCGGUCAGGACGCUCCGUUCAAGCAGAAUGAAAAUUGCUCGGAGAACGACGCUUCCAAGAAAUCGAACGAUCCAGCGGACACCAAUGAUGAGGAAGAGAAGCGAGGCGACGAGGAGGAAGACAACAAGAAGCGUGAAAAGGACAUUGAGAAGUGUAACGAGAUAGACAGCAAGGAACAUGAGGAGAGGGAAGAUUACAAGGAGCCGCAAGAUAAGUCGGAGGAAUCGACGGACGGCAAUAGAGAGGCCAAGGAAGAGGACAGUCAGGACGACGUGGACGCCGCGGUCGAGAGGGGCGGUCGAGCGCAGCUCUCCUCGAGCAAGCACUCGGUUCUCACCUGGCACAACCACAGGCGAAGCUUGCAGAAGCGCAGAGUGUCGCAGGCCAACAAGAAGUACGUCAGCCUAGCGGAGGCGGUGUCGCGCUUCCAGACCGAAACGCCCGAGCGUUUCCGCACCAGGAGCAACAAGGCGGGUAACGCGAGCAUGCCGCUCAACGUGUCCAGGUUGACGCAGAGUCGUCUGAAGCCGACCGUGCCGGUCUCGCCGGCGCUCAUAUCGAAGAACCGAGCGCGUCCCGUCACCGUGCUGAGCCGAGAGGAACGCGAGAAACUGGAGGUGGAGGAGAUGAGGAAGUAUCAGAUAAAGGCCAAUCCGAUACCGCCCUGCGUGCUGCGAGGAUCACGAUUGACGAGGAGCAACGUCAGCCUGGCGAGGAAGCCAACGGCGGCGGCAUCUUCCGCAACGGAAUCCGGAGGCGAGAAGGCUUGCGCCACCGCGAAGAGCUCGCUCCAGCCUAGAAGCCCGCCGCCGUCGCAUCGCGACAGAGUGUCGUCGUCCGCCCCGAGGAACGUGGUCACGAAGGUGGUGGUGACCGAUCCCGCGGGUAUCAUCGUGGAACGCGAGGAGAUAACGUUCUUCGGCGUGCCGAAGGACACCGGCGCGUCGAAGAACGUGACGCGCAUCGUGCCGUUUAGCUUCGAGGCGCGCAACAGGGAUCUGCGGUUGAGGAAGGAGCAGCGGCUGAAGAGUCUGCAGGAGGCGGCCGGCACGUCGAAGGCGGAGUUCCACGCCAGGCCGGUGCCGAAUUUCUCGAAGCCGCCGACACCGGGCGGCAAGCAGCAGCAGCAGCAGCAGGCGACGAAGAAACCGGUCCAACCGUGCCCAUUCAGCUUCGACGAUAACGUGAAGAGGCUGUUCGAGCGGAAGGAGCAGCUGGUGAAGCAGGUGCUGGAGGAGAAUAAGCGGGCGCGCGUGUUCCGCGCGAAUCCCGCGCCGAUCUUCAAACCCGUGAUGGUCCGCGGUAGGUCCAAGGAGCAUCUCCUGGCGAAGGAUCACAAGAAUACGAAUGUCGCGAACGAACGGCGGACGGAGGACGAUCAGGAGAACAAGGAGCCGAAUGUCAAUUCUCUCAAGACGGAGAGGAAGAGCGUGAUGCAGAAGGCGAAGAGCGCCGUUGGCUGCGCCCUCGACAAACAGAAAGCGCCGCCGUUGAAGGCCUAUCCGUUGGAAUUGAACACCGACAAACGUGCGAAGGAGCGGCAAGAGUUCGACGAGAAGCUGAGGCGCAAGGAAAUGGAGCAGGAGGCGAAGCGCCAGGAGGCGGAGAGGAGGAGAAUCGAGUCCGAGAGAGCGAUGCAGACGAGACUGCGCAAGCAGGCGGAGACCAAGGCCAGGCCGAUGCCGGUGUACAAACCGCCGGUCAUUGUGAAAGCGACGAAACAGCUGACCGAGCCGCAGAGUCCCGCGUUCGCGAGCAAGCUCAGAUCGAAGCGAGCAUGAACGGCAGCACGCGUUGAUUACAGAGUCUUUAAUUCACAACAUUAACUGCGUUGAACACAGUAUGUCUGUCACGAGUAUGAAUUUAACAAAAAAAAAAAAAUAUAGUCUAGAUUCAUUAUUCUUAAAGAGAGCGUCUGGUUUAGGACGCUGAGAAAUAGGUGAUUUUCGCGAAUUUUUUUAACAAAGAAAAGUAAAGUCGAUCUUUCCAUAACUGUACCGAUACUUUACUGGAUACUUAUAUUAUACAAAAGAAUUUUUUAAUGUAAAAAACUUGAGAAACGUCAUGGCAAUCAAGUGAUUAAAACGCCUCGCUACUGGAGUUACAAAUUGGCGGGCGAAAUAGAAAAAGAACUAUUUGACGUAUCGACUUCAAAGCUCUUUAUUUAAAUUAUUGUCAACCAUCCUAAAUGAACUAAGAAAAAGAAUUUUUACUUUGUGCAAUAAAAAUUGUUUAAAUUAACUUUUUUAAAGGUGUUCUUAGUUCAUCGACUAUACAAUUAUAUUUGUGUUGCGAAUUAAAAAUGUUUUCGGUUUUUUUGUUUCGGACAGAAAUUACCGGCUCUAUUUCGCCUGCCAUUUUGUAAC